AUGUGCCGUGGCGCCGGGCCCGAGGAGCGGGAGUGCCGCGGCACGCGCCCCGAGGCGGGUCGCUGCGAAUUCGGGGCCCUGAAGGGGGGCGCGGGGAGUCAGGCGGCGGAUGCGAAACACCGUCACUGCGAAUUGUACAUGGAAUUAAAGUGUACGUUGGUCCUCCGCAGCACCAGUACAUGUAACGCUUUACAUUGGCCGGGUGGGUGCGGUAUUCCCGCUAUCGGCCGUCUGCAGACUAAUGCAAUCAUCUCGCUCCACUCGGCCCGCACUCGGCGCUCUCGCCGCUCGCGCCCAUUCUCCUCGCUCCGCGCUCGCCGCUUAUCUAAUAUGCACACUACACGGGCUCCGCUCGGCCCAAAGGCGCGUGUAAUCGCGCGGCCAGCGUGCCGCUCGGGACGCCUCGCUCUCUCAUCGGCCCACAGCCCAGACCUGCACUCGGAUCUCACUACUGUAAUGGCAUACGUCACACCCGAACCGUCAGAUAAAUUAAGA